CGACGCAGUUUCUGCUGAUUUUUUUUUUUUUUUUUUUUUUCUGCGCGUCUGCGGCGUUUUAUAAUAACGGCCAAUGCCACUGGGCUCAAUCACGAAAACGGUUCAGUUGUAACUAAAAGCGGUCAGAGUGCAGCUCUUUGUGGCACAAUGGCUGCGACGUAGCGCAACUUUUUUUUUUUUUCUUUUCUUUUUUUGGUGCAUGAUCGACAGCGCUUUUUGGUGCCGCAAACUUUUACGGACUUGUAGGAAGAAGCUGACAAGACUUGCAACAUGAAGAAGCAGUUUAAUCGCAUGAAGCAACUUGCCAACCAGACUGUUGGAAGGGCUGAAAAAACUGAGGUCCUGAGCGAUGACCUCCUGCAGAUCGAGAGGCGGCUGGAGCUGGUUCGUCUGGUGUCUCACAACACGCACAAGAGGCUGGUGUCCUGUCUGCAAGCUCAACUGGGCACAGACACAGAGAAGAGACACAAAAAGCUGCCCUUGACGGCACUGUCUCAGACCAUGCAGGAGGGAGGUGGUCAGCUCGGGGAAGAGAGUUUGAUUGGCAAAAUGAUGGACGUGUGUGGGGACGCUGAGGGCAAGUUAGCCACUGAACUGUUGCAGCAUGAAAUGCAGGUGGAGAAAGACAUUCUGGAUCCUCUCAACCAGCUGGCAGAGGUAGAAAUCCCCAACAUACUAAAACAGAGAAAGCAGCUUGCUAAGCUGGUUCUCGAUUAUGACUCGGCUAAAACAAGGUGGUUACAGGCGACUAAGUCCACCAAUCAAACCGUGGCAGCUAAAGUUGACUCGCUCAAAGACGAGAUGGACGAAGCGCUCAAUAAAGUAGAAAUAUGCAAGGACCAGCUCGCUGCAGAUUUGUACAGCUUUGCUUCCAAAGAGGGAGAAUAUGCACGCUAUUAUGUCAUGUUAUUAGAGACCCAGGCAGACUACCAUAGGAGGUCUCUGGCAGCUCUGGAGGCAGUUAUACCAACUAUCCAGAUACAGCAAGACACCUGGAUGGAGAAGCCGGCAUUUGGCACGGCUCUGGAGGAGCAUCUGAAAAGGACCAGCCGUGAGAUUGCUCUGCCGAUUGAGGCCUGCGUCAUGAUGCUGCUGGAAACCGGCAUGAAGGAGGAGGGUCUCUUUAGAAUAGCUGCUGGAGCUUCAAAACUUAAAAAGUUAAAAGCAGCGCUGGACUGCCCCACCUCGCAGCUCGAGGACUUCUACUCUGAUCCUCAUGCCGUGGCUGGAGCUCUGAAGUCCUACCUCAGGGAACUUCCUGAACCUCUAAUGACAUUUAGCCUGUAUGAUGAGUGGAUACAGGCCUCCAAUGUCACAGACCCUGACAAAAGACUUCAGGCCUUGUGGGUGACAUGUGAUCAUUUGCCAAAGGCUCACAAAGCAAACUUCAGGUAUCUGGUAAAGUUCUUGGCUAAACUGGCUCAGGAUAGCGAUGUUAAUAAAAUGACUCCCAGCAACAUUGCGAUAGUCCUGGGGCCUAACCUGCUGUGGUCGAAGACAGAGGGGACUCUGGCAGAGAUGGCAGCAGCUACAUCUGUACAUGUAGUUGCCAUCAUUGAGCCUAUUAUUCAGCAUGCUGACUGGUUCUUCCCUGAAGAGGUGGACUUCAACGUGUCAGGUGUGUUCGCCUUGCCUAGCCAUCCGCCCACUCCAGACCCUGAACCCAGCCUGGACAGGAAACGCCCCGGCAGCAUGGGGCAGGAUGGGGACAGUCACACCCCUCGUAAAGACAGCCCUGUUAACAAACAGCCGGAGCCCGCUCCUCGCAGAACCAACGUCUUAAAUAGAAAGCAGUCACAACUAACCUCACCCACCUUCCAACCCCCAUUACCCCCUCUGGAAGCCGGGAUUCCUACACAGCUUGAACCCCACCCUCCUCUUCCUUCAGAGGCUGAGCAGCCUGGCCUGAGUGUUGCUGGUAGUGGUGGUGGUGGUGGUCUGGGUGGUGGGGUCCAGGUAGCCACAGUGCAACAUCAGGUUGUAACCCAGCUCAGCACAGAGGAGAGCAGCCCGGCCCGUGACCAUAUGUCCACCCCGCCUCCGCAGAGGAAUGGGUCAGUUCACCUUGCUGUAGGAACCCCGCAGGGAGGUUCUAGGGGGCCCAGUCCACACAUGGUCCGCAGAGGCACCAAGAAACAAGCCCCAGCUCCACCCAAACAGGCCAGCCCAUUUGCCUCUCAGCUCAGUAACACCCAAACACCCGGUUCCCCUCAGCACCCACCCAUCACACCCCGUCGUCACCACAGCAAAGACGCCCUAAUCCAAGCUCCGAACCAUCCACCCCCGCAGCCGCCUACACCCCACCAGGCCCAGGGAGAGUCAGAGCACUCUCCCCCUAGCAGUCCCACCCCUCCUGACACUCCGCCUCAUGAUGGCUCGCACUCCAAUCCACUUUCUUCCAGCCACUUUGGAUCUCUCCCUCGCCCCUCGAGGCCAGCUCCAAGACCCAAGCCCCGUCCCAGCAUGCCACCGCCUCCACAACCGUCGGGAAAUGACAGCGGGAAUGGCAUCUGCAACUCUUCCUCCAAGAUCAUUACAGAAGGAGGCCUGGUUCUUAAGGGGACUGGAAGAACCAUCAUCCCCGAGGUGAUUAAGGACCAAGAAGGGGAAAGCUCUGCUGGUCAAGAGCCUGCCGCCACCACCACCACCCCCCCAGCCUUAAACCCAGACCCCAGCUUCCAGACAGAGAGCACCGCUUUUUAAACAGAGAGGGAUCCUCUCACACUCAGCCUGUCUAGGUUUGAAUGUUUAUGAUAAAGCAUCAGACAGGUGACCCAAAAUGAAAUCUCUCUGGCUCUUCAAGCACCACUUACAUGAUGCCAAACUGUUGCUGGAAACAAAUGGCUGCCUUUUCCUCUGCUAUACUGACUCAAACCAGAAACCUCAUCUUAAGUUAGUGGUUUAAACCACAAAGGCCCUGUCCAGCUAUCACUUUCCACAUUAGACUGCACAUUAAACUCUGUUUGCUCCACAUCCUGCUGGGUAUUCUGAGAUUGGACUGCAGGGCCCUGCGAGGAACAAGGCUAGCGGGGCUUAAACAUAAAACCUCAGCAAUAACGCAGCUAAUUUCAGAGUGUUGGUAAAGUUAAUCUCUUGCUUUUUUAAAAAUAAAAAAAUAAUCUAUUACUAUUAAAUCUUCAAUGAUGCAAAUACUUUUUCAAAAUAAAUCUGUGAAUCUGGUUUUAUCAUAUAAGCCCAUUAAUGGGUACUCGAAAAGCCACAGCUGUGUGAGUGAGUUUUAAACAACUGCUGUUCAUCUAUAUAUGAUGAAGCAAAACCAAACCAAAAAAAUACCAAACCCAGUUUCCAUUGCAUCAGGUUCAACUGGCCAGAUGAGAAAGUAAUGCCUCUUGUCAAUGUGUACUAGAAAGAACCAAAGGAAACUGAGUUAAAACAAAGCUGUUAACAGCCAUUGCUGUGGUUGUUAAUGACCAAAUAUUUUGGCAUGGGUGCAAUAUAACAUGCAUUUGUCUUCCAGCGGUGUCCCAUCCCAGUGCAUACACUGCCAUUUUUGAUAUUUGGGGCAGUUUUACUUUAUAUUUGGUGAUCCAGCAGAAUUUAAUUGAGUUUCUUUGAUUUCUAUUGACCUGAUUUACAAAGCUGACAAAAUGUAUUUGAUACUUGAAGAUUUGCCAUUAAUGUUUUUUUUUUUCUUCUAAAUGUAACUGAUCACUUUCUAUCAAACUCCAAAGCUAUGACCAAAACUCAAGUAUAUGAUUAAAAUGGGUCUUUGUAGAUUUUUUUUAUUUUUUAGCUCACAAGAUUUGCCUUGUUAGUUUUCAGCUUUUUUUUUUUUUUUGGUUGUUAAAGCAUUUUUUAUGGCGGUUCUUCUGCACAAACUGCA